AAAUGAAGAAUGAUCUAUUACAGCCCCUUUCAGUAAGAAUAAAAAAGGUACUCCCUACUCCACAAAAUUGGUAGGAACUGGUGAUCAGUUGAACGCUGAAAAUUUUAAACCCUAGCUUACCUAGCUAGCUGUGGCUGCGCUGAUGGAGAAAUCAGCAGACUAUGGAGACCUUCAAUGCGUAGGGCGCCUAGAAAUCGUCCGGCCCAAACCAGUAGGUUUCAUCUGCGGCUCUCUCCCAGUUCCUACUGACAAAGCCUUCCAUGUGAUUAAAUCUGCUCUCGUCCCAUCUCCACAUACGGUCCAAGCUCCACCUCUAAGAUACCAGAUGAUUCCAACGGAGACAAAUCUGAACACUUUGCCCCUUCUCUCUAGUACUCUAGAGAAGGUUAUUCCCGUAGCAGCCACACAGUUGAGGUCAACGGGAGAUUUGUCAUGGGAAACUAAUACUAUCACAUCAAACCUUACAAGGAAAGGUGAGGCUCUUGCUGUUUCAGGUUUGGUAGACUCCGAAGAUGAUAUUGAUGUCAUUGCCUCUACCGAUAUUCUGAAGCAAAUCUUCAAGAUCCCGUACUCAAAAGCUCGAUUGUCAAUUGCAGUACAUCGCGUUGGUCAGACUCUAGUCCUCAACACAGGGCCUGAUGUUGAAGAGGGAGAAAAACUUGUACGAAGAAAUAAUAAUCCACAGAAAUGCACCGAUCAAUCUUUAUUCCUCAAUUUUGCGAUGCAUUCUGUUAGGAUGGAAGCUUGUGACUGUCCACCGACCUAUACAUCACAAAAAGGGUCAGAUUCAGCUGUUCACCAUCAGCAAUUUGAACCAACAGAAGUUCCAACCAAAUCUUUUAAACACUCAGUUCAUGGAAAUAAUUCCUACAUGGAUAGUGAUAGUUCUGAUAGGGAUAAAGGAUCUAGGUCUCAUUCCAAGUAUAAGUCAUGUCAAAGAGAUUUAUUCUUGGGCAAGAAGAAGAUUAAGAGACCUAAGGGUCAUGAUGCUGCCAAGGUGUCCCAAGUUAAAGAAAUGCCAAGGAGUUCAGUAAAAGAAUCUGAAAAAAAUAGAAGAUGUUGUAAUGAUAAAUUUUCAAGGGUCUUGUUUUGGCAGUUUCACAGCUUCCGUAUGCUCUUAGGAAGUGAUCUGCUCAUAUUCAGCAAUGAGAAAUAUGUUGCCGUGAGUUUACAUCUGUGGGAUGUUUCACAGAAGGUUACUCCACUUAUCUGGCUGGAAGCAUGGCUAGAUAACAUUAUGGCUAGUAUCCCUGAAUUGGCAAUCUGUUACCAUCAAGAUGGUGUUGUACAGGGUUAUGAACUCCUGAAAACGGAUGACAUUUCUCUGUUAAAAGGAAUAUCCGAGGAUGGUUUGCCUGCUUUCUAUCCUCAAGUUGUUGAACAAAAUGGACUCUCCGUUCUAAGAUUUCUUCAGGAUAACUGCAAGAAAGAUCCUUGUGCUUAUUGGCUGUACAAAAGUGCUGGUGAAGACGCUGUCCAACUUUUUGAUUUAUCUGUCAUACCCAAUGACCAUCCCUCAGAUGACUACGAUGAUAGCUCAAGCUCUCUGCCAUCUCUUAUACACAAAGGAAGAAGUAGUUCCUUACUUUCGUUGGGAACACUAUUGUACCGGAUUGCUCAUAGACUUUCACUUUCAAUGUCUUCUAAAAACUGGGCAAGAUGCAAGAGGUUGCUAGAAAAAUGUAUAGAUUUCUUGGAAGAUCCUGAUCACCAGGUUAUACGCGGAUUAGCUCAUGAACAAUUUGCAAGACUCCUUUUAACUUGUAAUGAAAAUCUGGAGGUUUUGUCUGAACCACUUCCCUUGGAGUCUGAAGUGGUGAUCACUGAUACUGACAAGGAAGAUUCAGUUCAUUUCUUCACUGGUAUCUCUGAACUGAGGCUCCAUGAGAAAGUCCCUUUACAAGUUUCUGGAGAUCAACCAAGUGGAGAUGCUGCACUUUUGAAAGACUUUAAGUCUGGGGACCCUGUAACAAAAUCAGCUGGAAACUUAGCGUCAUGCCGAAUACUUGAAUAUUCAAGUGAGAUGGAUGCAGGUCAUGCAGCACACUCUGAAGGACUCCCGAGUACCAAUGAUGCAAGAUUUGAAGUUGACCACUAUUCAGAAAGCACCAGUGCUGCUGUCCAAGAUGUUUCUGAUCCUGUCCGUUCUAAGCUUGCCGCAAUACAUCAUGUGUCUCAAGCUAUUAAAGCUCUUGGUGGAUGGAAUCGACAAAGACGAACCACUAAUUCAAAACUAGACAAUGGUGACGGAACUGAGGAUGACCUGCCUCUUUCAGUAAAAUGUUUUGUUUGUGCAUGUGGUGAUCCUGACUGUAUUGAAGUUUGUGACAUUCGUGAAUGGCUUCCAACUUCAAAAUUGGAUGAUAAGUUGUGGAAACUUGUUCUCUUGCUUGGAGAGUCAUACUUGGCCCUUGGGGAAGCCUACAAAGAUGGUGGUCAGUUGUAUGAGACUUUGAAGUGUGUAGAGUUAGCUUGCUUUGUUUAUGGAUCAAUGCCUCAAUAUAGGGAAGAGACAAUGUUUGUUUCUUCCAUUGGUUGUAGUUCACUUACUGAGGAAGAAACUGAUAAUGUUAGUGAAAAUGUGGAGUCUGUAGUUGGUGAUUGUGCUUUUGCUUACAAAUACCUCUUUUGGGCCAAAGCUUGGGCUUUGGUUGGAGAUGUGUAUGCUAAACUACACCCAGUAGGGGGUAAAGAUGUCCCUUUAAUAUCCGAAGAGAAAUGCUUUGUCAAAAAAUUGAAAAUGUCUUCUGAAGUUCAACUGGAGGUAGAAAGGCUAAAACAGAAAUUUGGACAGUUUACCCAAAAUUGCAGCUCCUGUUCCUUGAUGAAUUGCAGCUGUCAAAGUGAAAGGACUAGUAGUGGCAGCAGUGCUAGCUGCAGCUCUAGAACUACUGGCUCUUUAGCUCCCGGGAGAAGGCAAAACAAAAGGUCACAUGCUAAGAGUAAUUCUUGCCAUCAUGCUGAACAUUUUGAAGGUGAAACAGGUGUUUCUUCUACUGAGUCAAAUAGAAAUGCUUCUCUGAGGCAAGUAAAUGAUGAUGGGGCCAUACACAUGCAAUCUGAAGCAUCAAAAGUGAAAAAUGGGGUCAAAGGUGGGGGUAUUUUCAAAUAUAUCAGAGAUUGUAGACUUGGUGACACUGAUUUCAAUCUUUCUCAUGCCUUGAAAUGUUACAAAGAAGCUAGGAAAGCACUGGCAGAACAUCCUUCUAAUUUGAAAGAAGUGCAAUCUUUAAUAAGAAAGGAAGGAUGGGUUUGCAAUGAGUUAGGUCGAAGAAGGCUAGAGAGGAAUGAAUUGGAUAAAGCUGAAAUUGCAUUUGCUCAGGCGAUUAAUGCCUUCAAAGAAGUAUCGGACCACACAAAUAUUAUAUUGAUUAACUGCAAUUUGGGACAUGGAAGAAGAGCAUUAGCUGAAGACAUGGUGUCAAAGAUUGACACACUCAAGAAACAUGCAAUGUUGCAUGAUGCAUACAAGCAAGCAUUGGAGACUGCCAAAUCACAAUACAGUGAAUCACUCAGAUAUUAUGGAGCAGCAAAAGCAGAACUAAACACUGUUGCUGAAGGAACUGAUUCCAUUUCUAUCAGCUUGCAAAAUGAAGUACAUACACAACUUGCACAUACAUAUUUAAGGUUUGGAAUGCUAUUAGCCAGAGAAGAUACAACUGCAUCCGUUCAAGAGAAUUAUGUACUAGAGGAUUAUGUUUCCUCCCGUGCUUCUAGAUGUAAAAGAAACCCGAGAAAACAUGAGAUAUCGGCUAACGAGGCUAUUAGAGAAGCUUUGUCUGUGUAUGAGUCAUUGGGUGAGUUACGUAAACAGGAGGCUGCUUAUGCGUAUUUUCAGCUGGCGUGCUACCAAAGAGAUUGCUGCCUCAAGUUUCUGGAGCAAGAUCAGAGUAAAGCCAUUUUGUCUAAGGGUGAGAUUAGCUCUCUCCAAAAGGUAAAGCAAUAUGCAUCAUUGGCUGAGAGAAAUUGGCAAAAGUCAAUGGACUUUUAUGGGCCAAAAUCACAUCCACUAAUGUAUUUGACUAUCUUGGUUGAGAGAGGAGCUUUCUCUAUGAACUUGUCAAGCUCUCUUCACUCAAAUAUGCAACACCUUGAAUCAGCUGUUUCUCGGAUGCUUGAAGCACGCCAUUUAUCUGAGAACACAACAUUGGACUGUGAUAAUGGCCCUGAAAUUUGUGCGAGAUUUUGGAGCCAGUUGCAGAUGUUGUUGAAGAGGUUGUUGUCAGUAACACUUUCCACCAGUGCAAACAAGCCUUCUGCAGCCAAUAUAGGAAAGCUAAAGGAGCUCUACAAGAUGUCUUUAAAGUGCGCCGAGUUCAAGCAGUUGGCUGCCAUGUACAACUUGUGGGUGUUGUAAAUUGCUUGGAACCCAUCCAACUUUUUGCUACCUCUAGGAACAAUGAAGACAAUGCGAACCACACACUCAAGGAUUGCAGAUUCAGUAAAAAUAUCUGGGCACACUUUGAAUCUAGUUUCAAGAUCACGACAACUACAACACAUGGAAUUUGCUCUUACCUGUCGCUCUGGUGGAGGAGCAAUAGUAUUGACCAGCAAAGUCAAGCAGAACGCAAGGUGAUUCCAGGGAUCAUAGCGCACGAAAUCUGGAAGGAGAGAAACAGAAGAACUUAUGACAACGAAUCAAAAACCGAAACCCAAAUCAUCCAUAUGAUCUGGAAAAAGUUGCUGGAAUGGACAAUUGUAAAAGGAAAGAGGAGAAUCAGCGUCACUCACUCGUCCAUCCCAUUCAUUUCAUUACCAGCAAUUCACACCUUCCCCUGGACAAGCGCAAGGGAAGGGAUGAUACUUAGUACAGAUGUUGCGGUGAAAGAUGAUAUUAUGUGUGGCGGAGCAAUCCUACGCACAGGCACAGGAAGAUUCAUUGGAGCAAAGUCAGCAAUAAUCCAAUA